AUGUCAUCAGGUUCCAACGACGCGGACACCGCCCCAUGGGCCGACUUGCCGCCGGAUCUAUGCAACGUGGUCGUGGACCACCUAGACGUUGUCGGCGUCAUCCGCUUCCCGGCGGUUUGCACGGACUGGGCCGCCGCUUCCAACAACACUCACUGCCCUCGUCUGCCAUCAGGCACGCCGACGUUGCUCACGUCUAGCCUCGACCCUGAAGGCUACGACAUUGAGUAUGAUGUGGAGCCGGGCACCUUUGGGCUCCACGACGUGGUCACCGGCAAGUCCUACCACGGUGAGGCCGAGGGGUUGAAGAAGCGGACUUGGAUCGGCGGUAAGGACGACUGGCUAGUGACCACAGAUUUAAGGUGCAACGUCGAGCUCCUCAACCCCAUCACCGGCGCACGCGUCCGGUUGCCAUCCUUCGCAACCAUCCCAGACAUCCAGGUGAUGGAAGUCCACGAUCGUGGCCCUGGUGUCUCGUUCGAGAAAACACUGCACCGUUUUCGAAAGGUCGGUUCCUAUUCCUUGUCUUGGACGCCGACACACCGUUUCCACAAGGUCGCGCUGUGUCGAACACCGGCGCACCCAAGCGGCUACCUGGCCGUCGCUCUCUUCUUCUCCUCCUCCGGUGACGACACGGGUCUAGUUGCUUUUACCGCAGCUCACGAUGAGAGGUGGACGCCAUUGAAUAACCCUCCUCCUGAAUUACACUCUCGAGAUAAGUACACAGACGUCAUUGUGCACAAGGGCAAGGUGCUCGCUGUGGCCACAUCUGGGAAAAUCUGCUCUUGGGACAUGGACGACGAUACAACCGUGGAGCCCAAGAUUUUGCCGCCACCGGACGUCGACAUCGACGUCGACUACUAUGUCAAGCGCGUAUUCUACCUGGCCACGUCGAGCGGCGGCGACCUUCAACUGAUCUGCCUGUUCGGUGACUCCAAGGACAUCAAGGAGACGCGCUGGUGGAGGAUAGUGUUCGAUUUCCAAUGGUGCUUCUGGCCACGCCGCGUUUUGCUCCACGAGCUCAAUGCCGUCACUGACACGUGGCGGCGCGUUGGGGACCUCGGCGGCGAUCGCGCCCUCUUCGUGGGGAACAACUACCCUUUCUACAUCGACGUGCCUCGUGAUGGCUCCAAAGAUCCUUUUCUCCAGGCAGAUUGUGUCUAUGUCGCGGACUUGAUGAACUGUGAUGCUGGCAUCUUUGAUCUGAAGCUGGGAGAUGACUUCGAAUUCGAAUUCAACUGGAAUGCUCACCUCUGUUAUCCAACACUGAGGGACCCGUUACAAAUACCAAUGUGGUUUCAGCCCACUACGGCGUUACCCAAGAGCACAAGUGCCCACAGUGUAGAAGAGCGGCAGACAUUACUAUUGUAGUGAAAUAAAUGGCAUUCGCAGUGCAAGAAACUUUGAAUCUUUAGUUAUGUAACAAUAACAAUAUUGAUCUUUUGCUAAUGGAUUGAUAUGUGGAAGUAGUAAAUUUGUCUUCAAAUAACCUU